AUGCCUUUGAAAGCUAUGAAGGGGCAAGUAGUCUCAGAUUUCCUAGUAGAUCUCAUAGUGGUUGAGACUCCUCAACUCUUAGUUGAGUUGAAGCCUUGGAGAUUAUUUUUCGACGGUUCCACCCAUACGGAAGGCAGUGGAGUUGGGAUUCUAUUGAUUUCUCCUGAUGGAAUUCCAACAAAACUUAAGUAUAGAAUCGAUGGACCUUCAUGCUCCAACAAUAAGGCAGAAUACGAAGCCUUGAUAGCAGGACUUGAAGCCUCGUUGGAAUUGGGGGCAACCAGGGUCGAAAUCAAGAGUGACUCAGAACUAGUAAUCAAGCAAUUAACGAAGGAGUAUAAGUGCAUCAAGGAAAACCUAAUCAUGUAUUUCGUUAUUGCAAAUAGGUUGCUUAAAAAAUUCGAAUACAUAGAUAUAAAACACGUCCCUAGAAUCAAAAAUCAAGAGGCUAAUGAUCUAGCACAAAUAGCUUCAGGAUAUAAGAACUCAAAGGAGAAGCUAGAGGAAUUGGUUGAAAUAAGAGGGAAAGCAAGGGCAACCAAGCUAUCUAUAGGUGACUUGGAGAUAAAUCGAUUGGGUUAUGCUAAUGAAGAAGAAUUCGAGGUAUUGGCCAUUGAUGCUCUAACAAACACAGAUUGGAGAAUUCCAAUUAUAGAAUAUCUUAAAGAUCCUUCAUUUACCACGGAUAGGAAAACCAAGUAUAGAGCUUUGUCGUACGUUUUGAUGGGAAAUGAGCUAUUCAAGAAAACGCCUGAAGGCAUUUUAUUAAAAUGUUUAGGUGAGAACGAAGCGUACUUGGCAUUAUCUAAUGUUCAUAGUGGAACAUGUAGGGCACAUCAAGCAGGCCAUAAAAUGAAAUGGUUGCUUUUCAGAUAUGGAAUGUAUUGGCCUACCAUGCUGAAGGAUUGUAUAGAAUUUGCUAAAGGUUGUCAAGAAUGUCAAAUACAUGCAGGAAUCCAACAUGCUCCUGCAAGCGAACUCCAUGCAAUUAUCAAGCCAUGCCCAUUUAGAGGUUGGGCUCUAGAUUUAAUUGGUGAGAUUCGACCUGCUUCAGCUAAAGGACAGAAGUACAUUCUUGUUGGAAUUGACUAUUUUACUAAAUGGAUCGAAGCAAUACCUUUGACAAAUGUAGAUCAAGAAACGGUCAUAGAAUUCACUCAAAAACAAAUACUAUAUAGAUUUGGAAUCCCGGAAACUAUAACAACAGAUCAAGGAUCAGUAUUUAUUGGUCGAAAGAUGCAAGAAUUCUCAAAUGAAAUGGGAUUCAAGUUGCUUACAUCUACGCCUUACUAUGCCCAAGCUAACGGAAAAGUCGAAGCAGCAAACAAAGUAAUCAUUGGUUUAAUAAAGAAGCAUGUAGGAACAAAACCAAAGAAUUGGCAUAAGACAUUAGAUCAAAUACUUUGGGCUUGCCGCACCUCUCCUAAAGAAGCAACGAAUAGCACGCCUUUCCAGUUAACGUUUGGGCAUGAUGCAAUGUUGCCUGUUGAAAUUUACUUGCAAUCAGUACGGAUCCAAAAGCAGGGAGAAAUCCCAUAUAACUCAUAUUGGGAAAUGAUGAUGAAUGAGUUGAUAGAGCUAGACGAAGAAAGGUUGUGCGCGUUAAAAGUCUUGAGGAGGCAGAAGGAAAUAGUAGCAAGGGCAUACAACAAAAAGGUCAAAGGUAAAAUUUUUACUUCAAAUGAUUUAGUUUGGAAAGUCAUAUUACCUGUGGAUAAAAAGAAUAAAGCCUUAGGGAAAUGGUCUCCACAUUGGGAAGGACCUUUUCGAAUUUUGAAAGCAUUUUCAAAUAAUGCAUAUGAGAUAGAAGAACUAGCAGAGGAUCGAAGGAUCCUAAAAGUAAAUGGGAAAUAUUUAAAGAGAUAUAAGCCAUUUAUGCAUGAGGUAAAGAUUGCAACAACGUAG